AUCGGAGAUUGUUAAGUAAUCGACCGGAAGUAAACUGGUGACAAUGCGACUUUAACUAAACAGGAAAUUUAAAAAGAUAGACAAUAAACCGCUCCUGUGUAGCAGUGCCGCUGUUUACUUUUCCUACCACCGGCGUGGGAAAUAUGUUAUCAUAGCUUGUUGACGUAAUCAUUCACAGUGUGUGCUUUCCCAAAGAUAAGAUAGAUCAUUUUACUGUAGAAUUACUGUAGAGUUCGAAGGAUAGAUAGAGGCAACGGCGAGAGAGAAAAUGUCCGAUGACGAAGCAUAUGAACGAUUGAAUCAAUCACGAAGCAUAUGAACGAUUGAAUCAAUCAUUGGGUAACCUUUUAGCAAGUCACCCCAGUCCCGUUAGGGCGGCGGGGCCAAUGUUCAAUCCAUCCUCGAGGUCCCCUACUCCACGUGUUUCGAGGGCCAGGAGAAGAGGAAAUCAACCUUCUCGCACAUUUGUUUGGCUGGAGGACGAAGACAGAGAUCGGCCACCGUCGGUUCCGGCAGGCACCGCUAAGGUUAAGUUUCCAUCAGAUGCCUCUUGGUCCACAGUACUGGACCUAAUUCGUCGCGAGUUGCCAUGCGUUAGGGACACACAGAGCAUCACAUUCUACAAAGCUGCAAUGACAGGGAAUCAUCGCCUGAUGCCAAUUGGUUGCAAUCUUGGUGGUCAAGAGAUUUGCGACCAAUACAGAACCUCGAAAACUAAGGUUUAUUUAGGACGCACGAAUGAUGCACCGCAGACCACUUUAUCCACCCUGACAACAACCACCACUACAACCAUGUCAUCUUCAAUUGCGACCCCUUCAACAAGUGGCACCUACACGACGGCGACAACCACUACCACCGUGUCAUCUUCGAUUGCGACCCCUUCAACCACGAUUGUGACAUCGCCCUCACCAAGUUUUGACGAGUUAUUUAUAAGUCGCCAAUCAUUGCCUAUUGUCCCCCAAGUUAUAGAAGAUGACACAGAUGAGGCAAUGCAUGACUCUGAUGAAGAUGACCAAGUCUGCGAGGCUGGUCCUAUUUUCCAUGGAAGUGGGAUACAAGUUGGUGUUAUUAAGGAGGAUGCCAGUGACAGGGGUAUAUUCCACCCACCAGGCUUGCUUCACUCCUCCCUGGUAGAGUGUAUCAGAAUGGCGCAGCAUGAAAGCGGGACUGCUGAACCUACUUUCCUGCCAUUUACAUUUAAAGCAGUAUUGGGACAAGCACAUGACUCAUGCCGCGGACUUGUUAUUGUUUUAAUAUGCAGCAGGCUUUUUUUAAAGCCAUGCGAGAAAGAGCUUUUAAGUCACCUUGCUGAUAUAUCCCAAUCCUCCAACUCUGCCACACCCAUAUUUUGGUUAGGGGCGAUGAAUACAGAAUAUGGCAAAGAUGCUUCAGAUUCUUUGGGAGGUGAGCAUAUCAGGACACCACAAGUGAUUGUCUGCUCACCAUCUCUUGGACAAGCAGUCCCAACAAUUAUUGAGCGGUUUGUUGGCGCAGCCGAGUUACGAAAGGAAGCUUUUGAAAGGGCAUUACAGUGUAUGGGGCGGACACUUGAAGUUUUCAAGACGGAGCGGCUCAGAAUGAAGGAAAGAGAACUGCUUCUUCGACAGCAGAAGGAUGCACUUGAAGCUUCCCUUUGCAAUGACAGGAAAAAGGAUCAGCACAGCCAGACGACCAUCGUUUCUAAGAUGUUUGAUACAACUGGCAAGCUCCAAGAGAAGGAGGAUGAUGUGAUGGGGGGACCGGUGGAGCCUCAAAAUCUUAACGUACCAGCAGAGGUGUCUCCUGCACAUAGUGAGGUGCCACAAGAGGUAUUGGACACACAAAAUGAGGAAAAAAUUAGGAGGCAACGCAAAGAAAGGGUCUGUGCCCCACCCGAGGGUGCAGACAUUGUUAAAAUAGCCGUCAGAGGCCCUGAUGGCAAACUAAUAAGGAACUCCUUUUCCAAGCAUUCCUGUUUUCAGAUGGUCUAUGACUGGGCAGGAUCCAUGGCCAUUAUGCCUCUACAUUUCUCCCUGCAUAGGGCUGGAGGAGAAAUUGUGAGGCAUGAUGACCAAUUAAAGGGACAUGAGACCCUUAACUUUGCUGAAAGGGAUCACCAACAAAGUGCACAACUUUUAGGAGAUGAGGUUUCUUUCUGUGGAAACUUUCCAAUGGAAUCUCCUGCGGAAGAUACACUAAGAGAGGAGACAGUUGAAACAGCAGGCUGCAGUCAGGUACCAGCAGAGGUGUCUCUGGCAAAUGAGGUGGCAUCAGAGGUAUCAGACACCCAACCUAAGCAAAAACAAGGCGAGCAAGCAAAGAGAAAGAGAAAGAGGGGCAAGGAGAGCAAAAAAAGGAAGAACCACACAAAAAAAAUGUUUAGAAAAGAAUAGUACUUGUAAUAAAAGCAUUAUUAAAAGCAUUAAGCUUAA